ACUCGCCUAGUGAAACGUUUCUACUGUGACGGUUUUUAGCGGCUCUUUAUUAUUUAUGCAACAUUUAUUUUCAGUGUUUAUAAGACGAGAUGUUUCAACGCUGUUUAUAUGCACGAAAUAGCGCGUAGAUCAGUGUUAUUGUUGUAAGGCUGCUGUUACAGUUGUUAUCAACACGAACGAAAACAAGCAGGAAACUGGAACGCUACAACUCGGAAAUGACGUAAGUUCCGACGUCCCAGUUCCGACUUCCGAGGUUCCGCAGCAUUUAUCCUUUGUUCCCUGUUCGUCAGCAGCCCAGAAGCGGGAGUGUUGAUAAAGCUGUAAGAGAGCUGCAGCAGCAGCAGUUGAUGAACUCUGGAAAGAAGUCCAGCAGCUUGAGGAACAUCUGGUCAAAGAAACUGGAGGGAAGCAGGAGCUCAAACAGCGGCAGGACGCAGCAGAGGAAGAGACACCAGAUGAUGGAUGAUGUUUUCCAGCCCAGAUUAGUGCUGCCAGCAGAUGUUAAAGAAGAGGCUCCUGAAGAACAGAGUCCUGAUGUGGAUCAGCAGGAGCCAGAGCCCCUCCAGAUAAAGGAGGAACAGGAGGAACUCUGGACCAGUCAGGAAGGAGAGCAGCUUACUGUGAAGGAGGAGACUGAUACCAGGUUUCCAUUAACUGCAGCUCCUAUCAAGAAUGUUAAAGAAGAGGCUCCUGAAGAACAGAGUCCUGAUAUGGACCAGCAGGAGCUGGAGCUCCUCCACAUAAAGGAGGAAAAUGAAAGAAUCUGGGCCAGCCAGGAUGAAGAACAACUGAAUGUGAAGAAGGAGACUGAUGAUACCAUGUUUCCAUUAACUGUUGUUCAUAUGAAGAGUGAAGAGAAUGAAGAGAAACCUCUGUUCUCUCAGCUUCAUCAACACCAGACAGAAGACAGAGAUCUUCCAAGCAGCAUCUCAACUGACCAGAUAAAAGUAGAAAUUAAAGUAGAGGACUGUGGAACAUCAGUAUCCAGCAGGAACCCAGAUCUAAAUACUCAGGGAGGCUCUUCCAACUAUUCUGAAACUGAAGACAGUGAGGAUGAUGAAGAGGAUGAUGAUGUGAAGCAUCAUGAAUCUGAGCUUAAACGCUUGUCAGACUCUGAAACUGAAGACAGUGAAGAUGAUGAAGAGGAUGAUGAUGUGAAGCAUCAUGAAUCUGAGCUUAAACGCUUGUCAGACUCUGAAACUGAAGACAGUGAAGAUGAUGAAGAGGAUGAUGAUGUGAAGCAUCAUGAAUCUGAGCUUAAAUGCUUAUCAGACUCUGAAACUGAAGACAGUGAGGAUGAUUGGAAGGAGAGCAGGACUCCAGGAUCAGGCAGAAACACUGUCAACAAAUCUUUGAGCUGCUCUGAGUGUGGAGGAAAAUUUGCUAACAGAUGCUCUCUUCAGAGUCACAUGACAUGUCAUCCAAGAUUAAUGUCUUCAGAUUGUUCUGGUAGUGAGACGUGUUUCAGAGAAAAGAAAAACAUAGAUUCACUGACGAAGUUUCAGACGGGUAGUAAAAAUUUUAACUGUGGUGAGUGUGGUAAAAGUUUUAACUUGAAACGAGAUCUCAAAAGGCACACAAAAGUCCACACAGGAGACAAACCUUUCAUUUGUGAUCCAUGUGGAAAAAGAUUUGCCUUCAAGUCACAUUUAAACAACCACAUGAGAAUCCACACAGGAGACAAACAUUUAAUUUGUGAUGCAUGUGGAAAAAGAUUUUCCUCCAAGUCAUAUUUAAACAAACACAUGAGAAUCCACACAGGAGACAAACCUUUUAGUUGUGAUGCAUGUGGAAAAAGAUUUUCCUCCAAGUCAUAUUUAAACACACACAUGAGAAACCACACAGGAGACAAACCUUUUAGUUGUGAUACAUGUGGAAAAAGAUGUGUCUCCAAGUCAUAUUUAAACACACACAUGAGAAACCACACAGGAGACAAACCUUUUAGUUGUGAUACAUGUGGAAAAAGAUGUGUCACCAAGUCACAAUUAAACACACACAUGAGAAUUCACACAGGAGACAAACCUUUUAGUUGUGAUACAUGUGGAAAAAGAUUUGCCUGCAAGUCAGAUUUAAACAAACACAUGAGAAUUCACACAGGAGAUCAACCUUUUAGUUGUGACACAUGUGGAAAAAGAUUUAUCUCCAAGUCAUAUUUAAACAGACACAUGAGAAUUCACACAGGAGACAAACCUUUUAGUUGUGAUGCAUGUGGAAAAAGAUUUGCCCACAAGUCACAUUUAAACACACACAUGAGAAUCCACACAGGAGAUCAACCUUUUAGUUGUGAUACAUGUGGAAAAAGAUUUGUCUUCAAGUCACAGUUAAACAGACACAUGAGUACCCACACAGGAGACAAACCUUUUAGUUGUGAUGCAUGUGGAAAAAGAUUUGUCUCCAAGUUUCAUUUAAACAAACACAUGAGAAUUCACACAGGAGACAAACCUUUUAGUUGUGAUACUUGUGGGAAAAGAUUUGUCUUCAAUUCAUCUUUAAACAUACACAUGAGAACCCACACAGGAGACAAACCUUUUAGUUGUGAUGCAUGUGGAAAAUGAUUUAUCACCAAGUCACUAUUAAACACGCACAUGAGAAUUCACACUGCAAAUAAACCCUUUGGUUAAGAUCUUUGUGUGGACUGUUUUGGCUUCAAGUCACAAUAGAACAAACGCAAGAAUCCAAACUGGAGAGAAACCUUUUGGUUGUGAUGAAUGUGGUAAAAACUUCACCUUCAAGUGAAAUCUAAACCAGGAUGAUAGAAUUAAGAGAAAAAACAAACCCAUUGCUAGUUAUGUUUGCCAGGGCCACCAUUCAGCCUAGGGUUUUAACAGAUUUAAAUGAGUGUUUCAUUGCACAUAGGUUGGUUUUAUGGAUUACAGACUUUUUAACAGGUAGAGUCCAGCAGGUUCAACGCUCUCUGACAAAACAAUUACCAGCACAAGCUCUCCUCAGGGAUGUGUUUUAUCUUCAUUGUUAUUCACCUUGUACACAAACUCCUGCAAAAGCACUUUCCCUAAUAGACAUUUAAUUAAAUAUGCUGACGACAUGGCCCUUUUAGACCACAAAGGAGAGGAGCAUGGACUAGCAUGGCCUUUUCACUAAUUGGUGCCAAAAAUUCAAGUUGUUAUUUACUUCAGGAAGCUUCAGUCAUUCUCCCCAACCAUCAUCGAUGGAGAUCAAAUUGAGACUAAUGCUAGAAGUACCUGGGCAUGGUUCUGGACUGCCAUCUAAGGUGAGACUCAUGGGCUGACAGGGCAACGUAACGCCCUUAGAAUGUCCUUGACUUCUGUUCAUCAGAACAGUCCACUUAAGAGGCAGUGUCUUGUUAAAGAAAAUUAGUUUAGGAUAAAACAACCUAAAUAUUGUUAAUUUUAUUGUGUUUAGCUUUUGUUUGUGGUGGUAUGAGGCUACCUGAUGAAGCUAAUCUGAACAGGCCUCUAAGCCUUAAGGCUAGUUUUAUUUGUUCUGUGUUUUAAAGUUGAAACAAACAUUAUUUUAAUGAGAUGUUUUAAACUGUGAUUGUCCAGUAAUGGGAUUUUGCUCCAUUUUAUCUGUGUUUUUGUUUAAUCGCUUUGAACUAACCUGCUAAAAAUGUGUUCCAGUACUGUUUAAAACAUGCUAAAGGUUGUCUUUGCUAGCGGCUAACAGGCUAAUAGCCUUGUUUAUAAACAUGGUAUACAGCUUUGUUUACAACAGAGCUUGUCUCAUUCGCUCCGUAAUCGUUGGAUAACGCACCAUCAAUGCUUGUAUACACAUUAAUAUUUGUAUUGUAUGGUAUUUAAAAUAACGUAUACAAUUAUUGAAUAAGCUAUUUUCUUUGUCUUAGCAGCUGGUGACCUAGAUGUGAAUCACCACAUCUCUCUAUCCGUCCAUUGGCGGUUCGCCCCCUGGCGUCUUCAAAUAAAGUUUCUCACUUCCAUUUUAAGUGGUAAUAACUCUGUUCAACCAUGUGCUGAAGAAUAGUUACAUACCAUUGAAAAUCAAUUGUCCCAAAAGGUUAUAGAUUUCUAAUUUGGGAAAUUAUUCUUUUGAAAAUUAUUUUAUUAAAAUAAUGUAUUACUUACCUUCUGUUUUGUGUUGUGACUGGUUGUUUGAACAUAUACCAGUUGUUGCCCUUAAUUACUUUUAAAACUAAUUUGACCUCAUUUCCAGAUUCCUCAAAAUAAAUCCUGGUUCUUAAACCUAAAUAUCAACACUGAACUAUGACAUCAUUGCAUCAAUUUUAUUGGUCCCCUUUUAUCUUUUAUUUGUAUAUAGUUUCAUUAGUUUCUGUAUUCCUUUAUUUUGUUUGGUAGUUUUAGUUGAAUAGUUGUAGUCUAGUAUUUUUUAAUUGACAUAUUUUAACUUAGUUGUUUUUUUUGUUAAAUUCUUACAUUUUGAAGAGAAGGUGCAGUGAAUUGAUUCCAUAUGUAUGCAGAGUUUGCUGUUCAGUAAUGCCAGUGCUCGAUUCACUCUUUCAUCUAUUGUUCUAAUAUAUCAAUAUUCAGCUGUAUUCACAGGACAAUACUUGAUAAGCUGGUUAUUUAAUUAAAUAUAAAAUAACAUCAGUAUAUUAUUGCACAACAUUUGUUAACCAUGCAGUUAUAUCAAAACAUUCUGUUAGCUUUAGCUGUAAUAAAUUUCAUAUCAUCAGUGUCUGUUUACAGCAAUCUGUGAUGAAACAUGAAGCAAAUCCUUUAUUCAAUGUAAUAUUUGACCCGUUUACUCCAUUUAAUUUAUGUUGCUGCUCUGUGUUGGAUGUCUUUCAGACUUGUUUUAUGAUUAUCUGUGAAUAUCCCAAGCUUUCCUCAGUAAAGAUUAUAAUACAGUUUUAAAGUGAAAGUUUAUUGUUCAAAACGAGGGUUUUAAUCCAACCAGAAGCUGUCUUUUCCCUUAUUUCGCCUCAGAAGCAACAAAACACCGAACUCCACUUUGACAAACUUCUUUAAAACUGUUAAAGUUGCACCUCUACAUGGAGUUUGUAUUAAGUCUAUAAAAGUCACAAAUGGCAGAUGUGGCACGAUUAUUGGUUAUAGUUUAUAGAGCUCUCUUUACCCUACCUGCUUCAUAAAUGACAAAGCUCUGCCAUGAAGUCGUACCUUUUCAUUAAUAAUAUGUAAAGACUGUUGGUUAGUAGCUGAAAAAAAAAUCACUGUACCUUAUUUUUCAGUUUUUAACUUUUUGUCCUAUUUUUUACUUUAAUUAUGGUUGUUUUAUAUUUUCUUAGCAAAUUAGUCUUCCUUUAAAAUAAAUUGUUUUAAUGUUUCCUGGCUCCUUUAUUAAUUAGUCUUACUGCAGUAUCUUUGUGUUUAUGUCUUGGUUUUAAAAGGAGCUAUAAAAGCAAGGUUGAAUUGAAUUAUGCUGAAGAUCAAUAAAUUGUAUAUGAAUGAA